AUGGGUGGUAAAUGUUGUAAGUCUGGUCCAGACGAAGAUGCAUUAGAGAGAGAGAGGCAGAAGUAUAUUCUUGCACAACUACGCCAUAAAAAAAGAGUAAAGGCAGCCAGGAAGAUCCAGGCCUGGUGGCGUGGCACCCUGGUGCGACGGACCCUGCUAGUGGCUGCCCUCAGGGCCUGGAUGAUUCAGUGCUGGUGGAGGACGCUCAGGCAGAGGCAGAUGCAUGAGCAACUGCACAACUUACUGAAGGCCUAUAUAACUCAGGAGAAGGCAGCAGUCAAGCUGCAGUCCUGGCUCCGCAUGCAUCUGUGCCAGCAACACUAUGCCCAAAUGAAGAACACCAUCUGCACGAUCCAGGACCCAAAGAGCUGCCUCACCUUUGAGACCAGUGACCAUUCACAGGUAGUCUCUUCCAACCAACUGGAGUUCCAUAUCGAAAUCUUAUCAGCCUGA